AUGACUGACAAGGAGGUCGAGUCCAUCAGCCCCUAUGGCCCAGCCCGGUCAACAGUCAAGGGCGAGCCGCUCUCGAAAGCAGACAUCGACAAGUACAAUGACUUCUUCAAGGCGAGCUUAUACCUAUCUCUGGGUAUGAUCUUCCUCAAGGAGAACCCCCUCCUCCGGGAGCCUCUCAAGAAGGAGCACAUGAAGCUGAGGUUACUCGGCCACUUCGGAUCUGCUCCGGGUCAAAUCUUCACCUGGAUGCACUUCAACCGCCUCAUCAAGAAGUACGACCUCGACUCCAUUUUCAUCUCCGGCCCUGGCCACGGUGCGCCAGCCGUACUCUCCCAGUCAUACCUCGAGGGUGUCUACUCCGAGGUUUAUCACGACAAGUCCGAGGACAUUGAGGGCAUGCAAAAGUUCUUCAAGUCCUUCUCCUUCCCCGGCGGCAUCGGCUCCCAUGCCACCCCCGAGACUCCGGGCUCCAUCCACGAGGGCGGAGAGCUCGGCUACUCUGUCUCUCACGCCUUCGGUGCUGUCUACGACCACCCCAACCUCAUUGCGCUGACCAUGGUCGGUGACGGAGAAGCCGAGACUGGUCCGUUGGCGACCGCAUGGCACAGCACGAAAUUCCUUAACCCCAUUGUUGACGGCGCCGUCCUGCCUGUCCUGCACCUGAACGGCUACAAGAUCAACAACCCUACCAUCUUGGCCAGAAUCUCCCACAAGGAGCUUGAGAACUUGUUUCUCGGCUACGGCUGGCAACCGUACUUCGUCGAGGGCGACGAUGUCGACACCAUGCACCAAGCCAUGGCCGCCACUUUGGAGCACUGCGUUCUCGAGAUCCGCAAGUUUCAGAAGCAGGCCCGCGAUUCCGGCAAGGCCUUCCGCCCCAUCUGGCCUCUGAUCGUGCUCCGCAGCCCCAAGGGCUGGACUGGCCCCCGCAAGAUUGACGACAACUACUUAGAGGGCUAUUGGAGAGCUCACCAGGUUCCCGUCCCCAAUGCAGCCACCAACCCUGAACACCUGAAGAUCCUGGAGAAGUGGAUGCGUAGCUACGAGCCCGAGCGAAUCUUCAAGGAUGGCCGCAUCUCCGACGAGCUCAAGGCGCUUUGCCCCACUGGCAAUCGCCGCAUGAGCGCCAACCCAGUUGCCAACGGCGGCAUCCUCAAGAAGCCCUCAAGCUUCCCGACUUCAAGAACUACGCCAUCAAGGUCGACAAGUCUGGCGGCACCCAUGCUGCUAGCAUGA